CUUUCGGCUAUGCAACAAUAUUUGGUAAAGGGAUGUAUGCUACACGGUCACGCUAUCACGAUAUGAUGGCAUCAGUAAAAGACUUUAUUAAAACGCAUAGCGUUCCUCAGGACUUGGCAGAGCGAGUAUUGAACUAUUGUCCUAAAGACAUGAAAGCCGACAUGUGCAUACAUUUGAAUCGCACGGUUUUCAACGAGCAUCCAGCUUUUCGCCUGGCUAGUGACGGAUGCUUAAGAUCGCUGGCCGAAUGCUAUUCAGAAUUCGUUCAGUAG